UGACGAAUAAGGAGAGGGGUUUGGAGAGUGAGUACUUCAUUAUUUUCCCUUUGCGUUUUCUACGUUUUUGCGAUGUUCUGAUGUGCUAUGCUGUUUUAUGUUUGCAGGUCUGAUGGGGAAAAGCAAGUGGCGGGAGCUUAAGGCGAGGUUUAAUACCGAGGAGCUCGAUGUGCCCAAGCCCGGUGAGGAGGUUGCUCCUCUGGAGACUCGCCGCAAAAGAAAGAGGGCGUAGAAGGAGGUCGGCGAGGCUUCAGGCGCCCCUAUUCUUGAAGAGGUGACGUCUAAGGCCGCCGAUGUUGCCACCAUAGAUUUGACCGAGAGUCCUCGGGCCGGGACACCACCUGGGGGGCCUGUGGUGGAGGCUACUCCGGGCAGACAGGUGACUCUAGUGCCUUCCUCGGCUGAGGUUCGUGGGGAAGGUCCGAGUUUAGAGGUGCCGAUCUCGGCUCCUCUUACUUCAACGUCCCCUGCUCCUGGUCCUUCUACUAAUCCGAGGUCUAGGUGCAUAGUCCAACGCUUUGAUGUGACUCGUCCCCUGGCAAGGUUGGACCAUGUCAACGUGUCGCUUGAUGUGGUGUCAUUGUGGAGCCCAAAUGUGAAUGUUGCGGGGUUCUACAAGGAAGAUCCUGCCUAUGUGGUCGACAAGGCCAUGAUUGAGAAGAUGGGUCCGGUCGACGGGUUAAACUCGGCCGAGGUGUUUUUACAGAGAUCCAUUGUGAUAGUGGACCAUUGGAAACGCCGAUGGAAGAAGCACCUGGCUGAGCUGGAGAGGGCGCGGAAGGGGGAAGCCGAGCUCCAGUCCUUGAAGAAAGACCUAUCAAAGACUCAAAAGUCUUUGGAAAUUGUUGUGAAGGCCAAUGAGGCGUAUGUUGCUCAAGUUGGUGAGUUGGUGGAGGUAGCCAAGUUUGCGAAGGAUGUGGUAGAGUUUUCUCGGACCCAGGUUCAGUCUUUGGAGGAAGAGAAUUCGACGUUAAAAGCCGAGUUAGGGGAGGCUGCAGAGAAGCGCCUAUGUGACGAGGUGCUUCUUGUUGGUAGGGAGGAGGAGAUUGGUGCCUUGAAGAUGGACAUUGAUGUGUUGACCUCCUCGAAAAAGAAUUUGGAGGAGAGGCUUCUCGAGACCGAGCAUGCCGUUGUGGUUGAGCACCGGCGGGGCUUUGCCAAGGCAGUGCGUCAGGCUAAGUUGCUUGCGGCAGGGGUAGACCUUUCUGCUAUGCAUAUUGAGAAGGAUGUGUAGGGUGGGCAGCUGGUGAAUGAAGAUGACUUGUCCAAGAGCACCAGUGAAAACACGGCUUCCUAGGCUUUUGUUUCUCCCUCUAUUUUUUGUGAUGUAAAAGCUUUUUGUAUUUAUGCUUGAAC